AUGGCUAGUCUAGAUUCACCAGACUCCAAGGGAAGUCGACUGGACUGCAAAGUACCUGAGGACUUUGGAUCGUCAUCAUCUGAUGAUACUCUGGGUCAUGCCUCCUCCCACCAUCACCACCACCAUCAUCAUCACUAUCCCACUGGCUCACACUUCACUAUGUCACCAUUGUUAGACGCUCUGCCUUCAGAAAGAGGGCCGACCAUCCCGCAGGUAUCGCCAUCUUCUCAACCAAGCAAAGACGUACUGACCGUUGAAGAAGAGCAGGAGUGUAGAGAAGAUCUGAUGCAACACUACCAUGAAGACAUCGGCGAAUUGAAGACAGAUCCAUUAGAUCCUCAGUCACAGGUUCCUUUUGAUUCCAUCUACACCAACCUUUGCCUGCUCAAAGAAGAAGAAGAGGAUUAUAACAGAAGAAGGAAUGCUCGAGGUAAGGUGAUAGGUCUCCGACGAAGUCCUAAAACGCAUUACGGUAAGAUGUUCAAGAAACCUCUGCCUGAUGAAGAAUUUCGAGGACUGAUCACUCCUGGACAACCUCCCUACAGAAUACUGGUAAUUGGAGAAGCGGGUGUUGGGAAGACAACGUUCCUUGCGAAACUAGCGCAUGACUGGAGAGAAGGGAAAGACUUGAAGAAUAUCCAACUUCUGUUCCGAAUUCCACUUACAGAGGCUGCGAGAGAACAGACCUUCGGGGAAGUCGUUCAAGACAACCUCUCAGAUGAAAUCGAGUAUGGAUCUCGCAUAGGGGAACAUGUCAAAAGAAAUCAGAGUAGAGCACUGCUUCUCCUUGAUGGUCUUGAUGAACUCGGAGUUGACAUCAGGGAGAGGGACUCACAAAAUGAAUUCGUUCAAAUCAUGAGGGGUGAAAAGUACAAGAGAACUGUGGUUGUCAUAACAACACGACCAUGGCGAGCAGACCAGAUCCUCGGCGACGAAAAGCUACGGAAACUGUUCACUUAUGUAACCAUUGAAGGGUUCGAUCAGGACAAAACAAUAGACUACGUGAGAAAGUUUUUCAUCGAUGAAGAAGAAUCUGCGGACAGCUUGGUGGAGUUCCUCGAGGAUGACAGAAGUGACGAGGGUGUCUUCUCGACCUUCAUGGCAUCAUUCCCGAUCUACCUAGCAAUGUUGUGUCACAUGUGGAGAUACAAGGAGAGGCGGGACAACGUCAUGAAGCUGCAGACUGUCUCCCAACUUCUUGAUCUGAUGGCCCAGACUCUCAAGGACCAUUACGCUUCAAAGGAUGGGGACACGUCGGAAGAGAGGUACCAGGAAUGCAGACAGGAGGUUGCCAGAUGCUUCAAAGAUGUUGGAGGUAUAGCCUACCAGGGUGUCUUGAAGAAACAGCUUGUCUUCAAGGAAGAGGUAUUGUCUGACUGCGGAGCGUCCGUCUCAACUGCGUGUGAAAUGGGAAUACUGACAAGGGAGAAGCGAGUUGCACCUGUUCACCUCCGAAUGCAGGAUGGAAAGCGCUACCAAGUGGAGUGUCGGUUCCCCCAUAUGAUGUUCCAAGAUUACCUGGCAGCCCUUCACCUGGCGUCCCUCCACCAUGAUGACCCUGACGAGUUUGAAAGGAGGCUUCGACACGAGCUUCUUGGAGAUGAAGAGGAGCACCCAGAUCGGUUCGAGUAUCUCUGGUACUUCACUGUGUCACGGGGACGAGAGGUCGGUGCGACCACGCUUAGAGUCCUGAGCGAGACGGUUGACGACACGGACUUCAUCUUCCGUGUGGCCUUCGAGUGCCAGGACAAAGAGAUCACUUCUCCGAUCACGAGAGCUGCCGUAAAAAACAACUCACUUCGUGUCCCGAAGGAGCGAUCCUUUGCUGCUCAUAUCCAUUCACUUGACACCGUGGAAACCCUGGACAUCUUCACCCUAAAUGCGUUGCCAAAAGGAAGAGCAAUUCUGAGGAAGGGGGCAGAACGAAUAAUGUCGUCACCGAAGAUUCGUAGUCUGGCCUUGUGUGAUUGUGGUUCGGGAAGUGAUGAGUUUAUCUCGACCAUGGCGAACAGAUCGACAACUACAGAGGCAAGAAAUAUUUAA